CAUCGCUGUUCACUACACCAUAAUAUCACAAGCUCUGCCUGGCAGCUGUUGAACGGACUCUCUGAAAUCCCAUCCAAAACAAACCCCAGCAGUUUCACUGGUGCCUUAUCAGAAGGAAGGUGCUCAGAAGGAAGGCAGAUAAGGAGGCUGGACCACUGCACAAGCUCGAGGUCAUUAGGCACUGUUUCUUUUUGGUAAAACGAUCCCUGUGCAACUUGGGUAUCAGACACCCUCAGCCUAGUGCCGCACACAUUCCUGUCAAAGCCUCUCUCCGGGCUGAAAUCUCUCUGUUCCUCAGUCAGGAUCAAGUGGGAAGUGCAGUUCUGGAGCCCAGUGUGUGGGGUGAAGAAGCUUUAAUCUACAACUCACUGCAGAACGGCUGAGUGCUUUCAUUGAAGACCUGGUGCUGAAGUGUGCAAGAUACUUUGUGGGAGAGAAACGCUGACUUCCAUUUACUUGUUCUGCCCUGUUUUUAGAAGGGUUUUGUUUCGAAUCACCUGCACCUUGUUUGUUUCGAAUGUAACACUGCUCGAGACAGUGCGUUUGAGGGGGGACGAGCUGGCCAGUGCUUCUUGAGGUUCAGAUCUUGCUGGCCGAAGGGAAGGGAGAGGUCGGAGGAGGUGAAGGGGUGCGAAUGUGGCUGAUGGAUUGCCUCUCCGUGGCUCUGCUUUGUGCAGCCCUGGCUCACGCCGGCUGCACUGGGCAGUCGCGGGGGACAGAGGGGGGUCGAAGGCGCCUCAGCAGGGUCCAGCACGGAGCGUGCAGCUACACCUUUGUGCUGCCCGAGCUGGAGGGGGGCUGCCGCGGAUCGGCCGAGACCCACAGCACCAACUUCCUGCAACGGGACGCGCCUCAACCAGAGCAGGAGUGGCCGUCGCAGGCGCUGCAGCGACUGGAGACCAGGUCGGACAACAACACACAGUGGCUACGCAAGCUAGAGACCUACAUCCAGGACAGCAUGAAGAGUGAACUGGCACAGCUACAGCAGAACGCUGUGCAGAACCACACAGCCACCAUGCUGGAGAUCGGCACCAGUCUGCUGAGCCAGACAGCCGAGCAGACACGCAGACUGACAGACGUCGAGACGCAGGUCUUGAAUCAAACCUCACGACUGGAAAUCCAACUGCUGGAAAAUUCAUUAUUCACAAACAAGCUGGAAAAGGAGUUGAUUCUCCAGAACAACAACAUCUACCAACUGCGGGAUAAGAACAGCUUCUUGGAGCAGAAACUCCUGGCCAUGGAAGGCCAGCACAAGGAAGAGAUGGAGAGCCUGAAGCAGGAGAGAGGGAACCUCCAGGACCUUGUUCUCCGGCAGAGUCGCCUGAUCAACGAGCUGGAGACGCAGCUGGGCUGGGCCACCAUCAACAACACCAGCCUGCAGAAGCAGCACAAGCAACUGGCCGAGACUGUACACAACCUCCUCCAACUGGUCUCACGGGAAACGGGGAGAUCUGCCAUGGAGGACAAGCUAUUCCGGGACUGUGCAGAGGCCUAUCAUGCCGGUCACAAUAGGAGUGGCGUCUACAGUAUUCGUCUCGCCGAGAUGUCGGAAACCAGGAAGGUGUACUGCAACAUGGAGACCGCGGGAGGUGGCUGGACCGUCAUCCAACACAGAAGGGAUGGCAGCGUAGACUUUCACCGGACCUGGAAAGAAUAUAAAAUGGGUUUUGGGAAUCCAUCCAGCGAACAUUGGCUUGGCAAUGAGAUGCUGUUUCUUCAGACAAACCAACGGCAAUACUCCCUGAGGAUCGACAUGCGCGACUGGGAGGGUAACCAAGCUUACUCGGUCUAUGAGAAGAUUCAAGUGGCCAGUGAAAAGCAAAACUACAGGCUCUUUCUGAAGGGAUACAGUGGCACUGCAGGGAGGCAGAGCAGUUUGGUUUUACACGGAGCCAGUUUCAGUACCAAGGACCUGGACCAUGACAACUGCAUCUGCAAGUGUGCCCAGAUGUUGACAGGAGGCUGGUGGUUUGAUGCUUGUGGGCCUUCCAACCUGAACGGAAUUUAUUACUCUUCGGCACAGAAGCUGGGCAAGCUGAAUGGGAUAAAGUGGCAUUACUUCAAGGGUCCCAGCUAUUCCCUCCGCAGUGUCACCAUGAUGAUCCGCCCCUCUGGCUUCUGAAGCGCGGGGUUCAGUGCGAAGCACGUCGCUAACCUGGAGGUGGUUCAGCUCAAUUCCUGGACCCUGCUUCCCACACCACAUUCUUCUCUCUCCCUUCCCAAGGAUCUGAAACAGUGGAAGAACCCAGCCUUUCUGCACAGACUCUCUCUGCGGCCCAUCUGUCAUAUACACACCUUGACUCCCACAACCAGGAAGGUCCUUUCACUGUUGGACUGUUGGAGAUGUGAGCUUCUCCAUGUCGGCCUUGGGUCCCUCGCGCUGGAGUAGGGUGGGGGUGGUGGGACCCAAGGCAUGAUGAUGAGGGCAUAUCUUGAAGAACGUAUGAGGGACCGGCAGACAUGUGGGCUAGAGAAAGCAAAGCCAGAGAUGGAGGAGAGGGAUCCUAUACUCACGGCAGGGAGGCAGUGGGGUGAAUAGAGAGGGAAGAAGUGUGAAUGGUGGAGACCAAAGCUGACAAGGUAACAAUUACUUUUAGAAAAAGGAAAAAAAAAGAAACAAAUUGAAAGAGAAUGAAACGUCGGCAUCUGUGGAGAAAAAAAAAAGUAAGAAUUUUCAAUAAGUUUAUCUUAUUCUUCCACACUUGGACAGACAAGCACAGUCUCCCUCAUCUCUUCUCAAAGGACACAUUCUCUAUUCCAGGAAUCAUCCCAGUGAACAUUUGCUGCAACCCCUCUAUCACAAGUACAUCCUUCCUUAGUUAGGUGACUAAAUCUGGUGGUAGUCUCAACAGCUCUGCAUAACUAGAGUGUGAUGCAUUUGCUCAUACGCAAAUUAUUUUAUAACAAGGCCAAUAUAUCAAUGUGAUCCUAGUUGCCCAUUGUAACUGCUUCCAAAUGUUCACCUAGAUCCCUCUGAACAUCUUCACUUUUAAAUCUCUCACUACGUACAAUUAUGCUCUGCUUUUUAAUUGUUUUUUCUUCCAAACUGGGUGACCGGUCAUUUUCUACAUUGUAUUCCACCUACAAUGUCAUUCCUCAUUCACCGAGACUGUCUAUGUAUAUAUAUCACCCUACACCCUCUUUAUAUCCCCUUCACAACCCACACUUCUGUAAAUUGCUCGUUCUAAGCUCCCCCCCCCCAGUUUAGUUUCAGUCAAAAAUCACUGAGUCAAUCACUUGCACAUCUAAACUUUAUUUUUGGAAAAACACAAUUACAGUUCCCACUACUGUACCUAACCACCGCGGGUUAGAUCCUCGUAUAUGCCUGAUCAAGCCCUCUUGGCCUCGCUCAGAGACACUCCAGAAGGUCAUGCAGUCCUAAGCACUCUCCCAGAAGAUCAGCACAGGACCUCGUAGGAGCCGCCUUUUAUAGGUCCCCGAACCUCGAGGGGUCAAACCACAUGGGGGUGGUCUCUUUACAAUCCAAUUACAGAUAUCGAUUAACCCCAUACAUGACAGACAUUUCCCUAACCCAAUAAUACAGUAGCUCAUACAUUGUAUUCAAACAGUGUUUCUCAAAGGAAAUGAACAUGUGCCCUGCAAUAAAACCAGACAAGGCUCAAUACUUAAUCCAAUCAACAUCUAGCAAAGUAAAGCUAUGCAACAUUAUUUACAAUUAUUUACAAUGUGUAUGUAAGGUUUGCAUUCAUUCAAUCCAUGUUAUACAUUUUGCACCUAAUUGUCAGGGUCUGCAGAUGUUCCCAUUCUCUUCCUGCAGCUCUGAGGAGCACAUUAAGUGGGGAUUGGGAUUGAGGAGCCUUGCACAUGAUAUCCCAAAGCCGUACUUUUCAAUGGUCAGUAUCAUGGGAAUUGCACCAGUUCCUGAGUAACUUCAGUCACUGCUCACUUGAUCAUCCUGCACCACACCACAGGGCUCAACCCAUACCCUGGUUGGUGUCCCGGCUCACGGGAGAUCAUUGCAUCCAACCCACAACCUUCUGCUCAUCUCCACAGGAGCUUCUGUUGCUGUGCUCCACGGCUGUCAUGAGGAGAGCUUCUUUGAGAAUCCAGGUCUGAUGAAAGGUCUCAGACCCGAAACCUUAACUCGGUUUUUCUCCCCAAUAGAUGCUGCUGCCUGGUUUUCUCAGUGUCUCCAGCACUUCCUGUAUUUCAUUUCAGAGGGCAGGCUCAUGUCCUAGCUGUGUGCACAGCAAUGGCAUUGCUCUGCCAGCUCUGGAAUGACACAGGUCCUCGUUCAGCUUGUCAUUCUGCUUUUGCCCCGCUUUACUAAUCUUCUGAGUGGCGGUUAGCGGAGCAAAUGUACAGAACAACACAUCCCAAAUGAAAGUGAAAUUCAAAAUUUAUUCAAUUUUUAACAAUUUUCUCAUGGUGUUUUGAUUAUUUGUUAAUUGUUCAGCACUAUUACUAAUUAUAGCUUCAGAUUGUUUGUUUGAAUCUGAGAGAAAUGGCGUAUUUAAAAACAGUCACCAACCUAUUUGCAGGAUAGUGAUAGACUGUGGAUAAAAGUACUGAAAUGUGUGAAAAAUCAAUGUACCUCCUCACUCAACUCAAACUUGAUGAUUUAAUGCCCCUGUCCCACUUAGGAAACCUGAACGGAAACCACUGGAGACUUUGCGCCCCACUCAAGGUUUCUGUGCGGUUCCCGGAGGUUCCCGGAGGUUUUUGUCAGUCUCCCUCCCUGCUUCCACUACCUGCAACCUCCGGCAACCACCUGCAACCUCCGGGAACCGCACGGAAACCUUGGGUGGGGCGCAAAGUCUCCAGAGGUUUCCGUUCAGGUUUCCUAAGUGGGACAGGGGCAAAGUGGAAUCAUUCCAAUUUAAAGAAUUAUACUCUGAAUUAUACUAAAGAAUGAUACCAAAUUAUACUAUAGAUGACACACAUAGAGUCAACUCGAAGGGCACCGACAUGUCCAAUCUACACUUGUCCAACCUGCCUGCGUUUGGUCCAUAUCUUUCUAAAUCUAAGAUAGACACAAAAAGCUGGAGUAACUCAGUGGGACAGGCAGCAUCUCUGGAGAGAAGGAAUGGGUGACGUUUUGGGUCGAGACCCUUUUUCAUGCUGGUUAUGGAUAUGGGAACCGAGAGAUAUAGAUGGUCAUGUGGAGAUAAAGAACAAUGAAUGACAGAUAUGCAAAAAAAACCUAUCCUAUCCAUGUACCUGUCCAAAUGUAUUUUAAAAGAUAUCUGGGCCACAAUCUACGACUGAAGGAGGGUUGAAUGUUUUAUAUGGUAGCUGGGUAUUGACUCAGUGAGCUUCCUUGUCCUGGGGAGCAUCAGCCUUCUUCCAAUUAUUAUUGCGUGUUGAGGAAAAGGUUUUUAAAAAUAAUUCUGUAUUGAUCAAUUGAACCUGAAAUGGGGCUUCUCCAAAUCGAUCGCUUGCUUUCCUGCAAGUUUCGAGAUAUAGCAUGGAAACAGGCUCUUCGGCCCACCGAGUCCGCACCAACCAAUGAUCACCCAUAUACUAGUUCUAUCCUACACACUAGGGACAAGUUCCAGACGCCAAUUAACCUACAAAUCUAUGGAAUGUGGGAGACACCCGGAGAAAUCCCAGGGACAACGUUCAAACUCCAUACAAACAUCACCCGUGGUCAGGAUCGAACCUGGGUACCUGGCACGCACACCAGUGUCAGGUGCAUGCUUAAUAGCAAUUGUAAAGGAAACAUCUUUAGAUGCUUGAAAUCUGAACUAACAGCAGAAAAUGUAGAGAACACUCAGCAGGCCAUGCAGCAUCUGUAAAGGGAGAAACAGGAUUAGCAUUUCAGGCCAGUGGCCUUUCAGACGAUGCUGCCUGACCUCGUGAAUAUUUCCAACAGUGACUCAUUUUGUGGCAUGAUAAGAUGUCUCACAGAGUGAACAUUAGAAGGACAGUGUGCUACCUGUGUAGUUUGGGUGGGGACAGAGCAGGGAGUGUACAGCUCAGCGUGGUACAGGUUCUCCGUCUCCUGUUUGCUGUCUGGGUUUGUUGAGUGAGGAAGGCUUCUGUGUUUGGCCGAAUGAUCUCCCAGCAAGACGUGGGAUGCUCCAGAGGACCUCAGUUGGUUUUGGGUGAGCUCAGUCUCACCCAUUAGUUCCUCCAUUGCUGCCGCUGGUAAUGAAGGGUGUUGAUGAUUCACUGAGGGAAGUCUGCAUGUGUUUUGUUGUUGCAGGCAGCUUUGUAAAAUUAACAAUAUUCUCUGUAUAUGUACAUUAUAAAGAGGAUUUCUCAAAACCUCUGACAACAGAGCUGCGUUGCGUUGUUACUGGGACAGUUGCACAAGGAACAUUAACAGGUGAUAUUAUGUGGCCUGACAGUACACAUUCCAACCAGAAAAAUGUAUAAUUGCUAUCAUCAAAGCUUCAGAAGCUGAAGUUUUAGUGUCACUUCUCAGCUGUAUUAAA